AUUGAUUGAAAAAACCUUCCUGCUUAAAUCUUAAUUCUCAUUUUGAUAUAAAUAAUCUCUCUCUCUCUCUCCGUGAAACUGAUCAGAUCGCCAUGGGUGCUGUUCAUCUGAUGCUGCUGCUGCUAAUAUUAGUGUUGCUGUCGUCUUCCCUGGCCUUUCUGUACAAGUUCUGGUGGGGCCCACGUCAGUUCCAGCGUGCAAUGAAGCUUCAAGGAAUCCGAGGUCCAUCUUACAGGCUCUUCCAUGGCACCAACAAAGAGGCCAUGGAGAUGAAGGACCAAGCAAGAAAGUCAACCAUGGAUUUGUCUCACGACAUCUUUCCCAAAACCUUACCUCACCUUCACGCUUGGAUUCAAUUAUAUGGGAGUGUUUUCCUCAACUGGUUUGGCACUCAGCCCCAAAUUGUGGUCUCUGAUCCUGAUUUGAUCAGAGAAAUCCUUACAAACAAAGAUGGUGCAUAUCCCAAAACCAGAACCAGAUAUUUCCUGAAGAAAUUGUUGGGAGAUGGGCUUGUUGUUGCAGAAGGUGAUAAAUGGAUUAGGGUUAGGAAGCUCGCCAACCAUGCCUUCCAUGGCGAUUGCCUCAAGGAUAUGUUCACUGUAAUGGUUGCCAGCGUCGAAAGUAUGCUCGAGAAAUGGCAGAAUCGCGCCGCCGGCGAGGAGAUCGACGUCUCCGGCGAAUUCAAGUCUCUUACAUCCGAGGUGAUUUCCAGGACAGCUUUCGGAAGCAGUUACAUCGAAGGUAGGAUGAUCUUCGAUUUGCUGACGAAGCUGGGAAUGAUCAUUUCCAGAAACACAUUAACGAUCAGACAUUUUGUAAAAACUAAGGAUGAAAUAGAAGCAGAUCGAAUCAAGCAGCUACUCCACAGCGCAGUGAUGAAAAUCGUCGAAAAGCGGGAAAACGAAAUGAAGUCCGGCGAGUCGACGAGUUUCGGUAGCGAUUUCUUGGGAUCGCUCCUGAAAGCCCACCAUGACGGCGAUCAGAGCCGCAGUAUAUCGGCAGAAGACAUCGUCGAUGAAUGCAAGACAUUCUACUUCACGGGACAAGACACGACGAGCGCAUUAUUGUCCUGGACCACACUUCUUCUCGCAAUCGACACCAAUUGGCAAGAGAAGGCCCGGCAAGAAGUCGUCGGAAUUUUCGGUCGGGACAAACCCACCUCCGACGGCGUCGCAAAAUUAAAGAUUGUAAACAUGAUCUUAUACGAAAGCCUCAGGCUCUACGGUCCCGUAUCGUCAAUUCAACGAAGAAUCGAAAGAAAAGUAAAGCUCGGGAAGUUUGAAUUCCCGGCAGACAUGCUUAUAAACAUACCCGUUCAGGCGCUUCACCAGAAUCCCGACUUAUGGGGGAAAGAUGCGCAUCUUUUCAGACCGGAGAGAUUCACCAAAGGGCUGGCAAAAGCCACCGACGGAAUUCCUACAGCUUUCCUAGGAUUCGGGUUCGGACCUCGAAUGUGCGUAGGCAUGAACUUCGCCAUUAAUGAGGCGAAGAUCGCGCUCUCGAUGAUCCUUCAGCGCUACAAGUUCACACUAUCGCCGAACUAUGUCCACGCACCGGACAUAGUUCUUACAACACAGCCUAGCCGUGGAGUUCAAAUAUUGCUCCAGACAUUAUGAAAGAUUACUGUUUUCGCUGUAAUAAUCGAGACUCCGAGAGUUCAUGAAUCUGUACAAGCUAUGUAAUGUUUCAGACAGAACUACCUUGUCGCAUCGACUACACAAUUUAGACCGUGGAACCAAUCUCUGUGCAA